CUUAAUUUUUAAGAACAUAGUACAUCAUUUUCAAUAUAUUUACUUAUAUUUAACUUAUAUUUAACUUAUAUUUAUCAAGUCAAUUUAUUUAUCACUUACAAACAUUGAUAAUGUUACGAUUAUUAGGAAUACGAUUUAUAUUUAAGAUAAAUAAAUUAUUUUUAAUCAAAAACGAAAAUAAAGAAAUUCAAUAUAUUCAAAAUAAUUUUUUAUGGCAUCAAAAGAUCAAUUUUAAUUUAAAUAAUAUGAAUGACUUAGAAGAAAAAACCGAUAAAAAGAAACAAAAGAUUCCAAGAAUUCCUAAAAUUAUACUUAUACAUCCAAACAAAUCUAUAACUGUUACUCUAUUAGAAGAUGCAGAAAAAUUAGCUAAUCGCCGAAAUCUCCAAUUAGUACAUGUGAGUGAUAAAUCUAAAAACAACAGACAUAUUUAUAAACUUGUAGAAUAUUCAAAAAUUGAAGAAAAAGAAGAAGAAAAAGAAGAAAAAGAAGAAAAAUAUUUAAAAAAAAAAAUACAUAAUGAUAAAAAAAAAUUAAAAUCCACUAAAUUAUUCACUAUAAAAAGUGAUAUAAUGGAUUAUGAUUUAAAUAUAAAAAUCAAUAAUGUUAAUAAAGUAUUGAAGAAAAAUCAUAAAGUUAAAAUACUUUUUAUUCAUCCUAAUGGAGUACGGGAUGGGAUAAUAGAAAGUGUAAAAAGCAAAAUGCAGGGAAUUAUUUCAGAACAAAAAAUAAAAAAAGGUAAUACUAUACUUAUAUAUUCUCCAUUAGAAGAUGAGAAUAAUUCUUCAAAGAAUAAUAGUAUUUGAUAUAUCUUAAAAUAGAAAUAUAUAAAAUA